UCCUGUCUGUGGUUCCUGGGAGUGCUAGUCACUGCUGAGACCAGGUUUGGCAUUUCGGCAAGGGGUUCAGUUUUAAAGGCGCGGGUCCUGGGAGCUUUGGAAGGAACCAGUUGUGGACCCAGCGGCGAGGGUCGAAGGAGGCUGUGCGGACAUCACAACCUGGGGCCAGGCCUGCAGCUCCGGAGCUGGUUUCCCGGCGAGCCGCCAGAGCGAGUUAGAGAAUCAUGGAAACUGAUAAAGACAACAGAAUACAAGCUUGUGAAGAGUACCCGCCAGAUAAAGGACCGAUGAAAGAUGAACAAAAUAAGGGAUUAAUUGGUGAAAUUAUAAGGGAAAAUAUCCAGCUAACUGAGGAGAUAAAAAAACUUGAAGCGGAAUUACAGGUGGACACCAGAGAUUUCCAAAUUAAAGAAGAUAUUCCAAAAACAAAGAUGAAAUUCGUAUCAGUGGAGAGUCCGGAGGAUGACAGCCAGUUCUUAAACAGCUCCUGUUCAUUUCAAGUGAGCUCACAAAUUCCUUAUGAGCUACAAAGAGGCCAAGCACUUAUCACCUUUGAGAAAGAAGAAGUUGCACAAAAUGUGAUAAUGAUGGGGAAGCAUCAUGUGCAGAUGGAGGAUGUAAUUGUGGAGGUCACUGCAGGGACAGUUCCACUGGAUUCAGGAAUCAGAUUCCAGGUUCACAUAGAAAUUUCUAAAAUGAAGAUCAAUGUUACGGGAAUUCCUGAUGAAUUGCCUGAGGAGCAGAUGAGGGACAAGCUGGAGCUGAGUUUUUGUAAGUCCAGAAAUGGAGGCGGAGAGGUGGAGACCGUGGAAUACAACAAGCAGUCCCAGAGUGCUGUCAUCACAUUUGUGGAAGCUGGAGUUGCUGACAGGAUCUUGAAGAAGAAUGACUAUCCUUUUUAUAUAAGUCAGAGGUGCUAUAGAGUCACUGUUUCUCCAUAUAUAGAAAGACGCUUGGAAAAGUACCAGGUAUUUUCAGCAACAUCCAAAAGAACGGUGCUUCUGACAGGAAUAGAAGGCGUUCAGAUGGAUGAAGACACUGUGGCAGAUUUGGUUGGCAUUCACUUCCAACGGAAGAAGAACGGAGGUGGAGAAGUAGAGGUGGUCAAGUAUUCUCUAGAUCAACCUUACAUUGCAUAUUUUGAAGAAUAGACCAAAGGAACCAUAAGAAAAUUACAGCUUUUAGCCCAAAUCAUUGCAAACAUUUGCAAAAAUGAAUAUUCUUUUGCUUAAAAAAAUUAAAACUUUAACCGCUGAGCUAUUCUUGCAGAAGACCCAGUUUCAAAUCCCAGCACCCAUAUGGCAGCUAACAACUGUCCGUAACUCCUCUUCCAGGGGAUCCAACA